AUGCGGACUCCCGCGUGUCUGUCGAUUUAUUUUUCACGAAAAACUACGAGGCCUCGUGUCCGAUCACGAGGGCCUCUCAAACCGUUUACCGAAAUUACUAGUCCCUGUGCUCGCAAUCGAUGCUUCAGGGAAUCACCCGAGCGAGCAAGGGGCUAUGAUCUAUUGCCAAUUAUCAAUAUUAUGCUUUUGCAUUUUCCUUAUUACCUGUCCCGAUACCCAUCGUUGCACCUUGGCUUUAAAUGCUGA